CCUCGUCGCCAGCGACGACCGAGUGUGUAGGGCUGGUACGACCAUAACCACUCUUGAGACUUUCCAGCCGUUUGCGCUCGAGCAGCUUGGCUCGCGGAGAGGGCCUCGGGAGGCGACCACUCCGGGGGAGCUCGGCUUCGGUCACGCGGAGCUCCGCCGAGUCCAGGCGGCCACAUGGGCCCCGUCACGGAAAGCACUGACUCUCAUGGAGCCCGCGGCCAGGACCGCUCCCUGAUGCUCCGCCUGCCGCCUGGCCUCUCCCCGCCCGGCUCGUGGGCAGGCCCGCGGGCAGCAGGCGCCCCCGCGCCCGCCGCCAAGACAGCGACGUCCGCCUGGCCGCACGCGGCCCCCCCACUGCCAGCCGCAGCGGCCGUGCUCGCGGAGCCGCCCCUCCACGCCGCGCGCUCGGGCGCAGCGCCGCGGCUCUGCCUCCGCGCGGCCCUCGGCGCGUGGGGCUGCCCGGGCGCCGCCGCGGAGGGCUGCGGCAACCCCGGCGGCGGCCUGCGCGGCGGCCCCGCCGCCUCUGCCGGCUACGCGCUCGGCCAGCCUGCGCCGCCCGCCCCCCCGGAGGCCGCCCCGCCUGCGACCAGUGGCCUGCCGCCGGGGUCCUUUCAUGCGCCAGCGCCGGCAGGAGAGCCCGCGGCGUGCGCGGGCGCCCCUGCGUCGGGUGAGGGCGGGGCGCCGCCGGCGCAGCUGGCGCCCGAGCCGUCGCACAGGAACCUGUCUGGCUGCCUCCAGGCCGCGUCUGGCGAGGACCCGUCCUGCCUCCUGGUCGUUCGCCGCCUCUACAAGCUUGGGUGGCAGACCGAGCGGGCGCUCCUGGAGCACUUCUCCGUGCACGGGCCUGUCUCCCAGGUGUCGGUCGUGCGGAAUCGCCGCCAGAGCCGCCCCGGCAAUCUGGGCUUCGUCGUCAUGGGGUCGCCAGGGUCUGCAAAGAGGGCGCUUGCGGCGGGCGGGGAGCAGCGAGUCAGCGGCGUCCUCGUCUGCGUGCAGGGCUUCGAGAACGGCCCUGGCCGGCGAACGGCCAAGAGGGCGGAGGCGGAGUCGGCGGGCAUUGCGUGAGGGAGCGCGGGAGCAAGCGGCCAGCCUCGUGGCCUUGAGCAGGAGGA